UGGGAGCGCCUCUUUUCUUUCGGCGCGGUGAGUGUGCUAGUCGUCGUUUGGUUUCUUGCUUUUCUUUUUGUUGUGGCUUGAGGCUUAUCCUCCUGUGUUCCGACUUUGUGUCGUUGCAGCACCCGAAGACCCUUGGUGUCGCCAUGGGACGCCGUCCCGCCCGGUGUUACCGGUACUGUAAGAACAAGCCCUACCCAAAGUCUCGCUUCUGCCGAGGUGUCCCUGAUGCCAAGAUCCGCAUUUUUGACCUGGGGCGGAAGAAGGCGAAAGUGGAUGAGUUCCCACUUUGUGGCCACAUGGUGUCUGAUGAAUAUGAGCAGCUGUCCUCGGAAGCUCUGGAGGCCGCCCGGAUUUGUGCCAACAAGUACAUGGUGAAGAGCUGUGGCAAAGAUGGCUUUCACAUCCGUGUGCGGCUCCACCCUUUCCACGUCAUCCGCAUCAACAAGAUGUUGUCCUGUGCUGGGGCUGACAGGCUCCAGACUGGCAUGAGGGGUGCCUUUGGGAAGCCCCAGGGCACAGUGGCAAGGGUUCACAUUGGACAGGUAAUCAUGUCUAUCCGCACCAAGCUGCAGAACAAGGAGCAUGUGAUUGAGGCUCUGCGCAGGGCCAAGUUCAAGUUUCCUGGGCGCCAGAAGAUCCAUAUCUCUAAGAAGUGGGGCUUCACAAAGUUCAAUGCAGAUGAAUUUGAAGACAUGGUGGCCGAGAAGCGCCUCAUUCCUGAUGGCUGUGGGGUGAAAUACAUCCCGAAUCGUGGUCCCCUGGACAAGUGGCGGGCCUUGCAUUCCUGAAGGCUUCCACUGCCCUGUCCCCCACAGCAAGCUCAUGAAUAAAUCUUAUCUCUGCCCUA